AUGCAUUCCGACCUGAGUCAGAGUCCCGUCUUCUACAGCCGGUCUCGUUGGACUGACACUAUCGACCUGCGAAAUUCUGCGACGCGAGUGGGAUGGGCGAGUUCAGUCUUAGCUCGUGAUGGUACUACUGGUCUGAAGUCUCUGCUUCGAUACGCGGUCUGGGAAUCUAUCAUGGUUUAA